AUGAAUGCUCAGGAAGCCACCAACAAUUCAUGGUCCGCAGUGGACACGGAGAAGAACGAUUUUGGACCUACGGUGGAAGCCGAGAAUCAGGACAUCAACCCACAAAACUUUUCCAAGCGCCGAAAGUGGCUUUUAUUGUCCCUUGUCAGCCUCAUGGCGUUUCUUAGUCCCUUGGCAUCAUCCAUCCCUGCCCCAGGUAUACAUCUUAUGGAUAAGGACUUCCAGGUUACUUCACAAAUCCUCAACUCCUUUGCUGUCAGCAUUUUCGUUCUUGGUUUCGCCCUCGGCCCACUGAUUCUGGCCCCUCUAAGCGAAGCUUAUGGCCGUCAAAUAGUAUUGAAUGGUGCAAAUUUCUUCCAUGCCGUCUGGCAGCUCGGCGCCGCGCUCUCACCUAAUCUGGCGAGUCUUAUCGUCUUCCGGUUCCUUGGCGGUGUCGGCGGUUCAGCAUGCUUGACUAUCGGAGGAGGCAUUAUCGCUGACCUCUUCCCGCUUGCCCAGCGAGGAAAGGCAAAUGCAAUGUUCACAGUUGGCCCUCUCCUUGGCCCUGUGGUAGGCCCAGUAAUCGGAGGAUUUAUCGCACAGCGUGCAGGUUGGCGAUGGGUCUACUGGGUUUUACUCAUUGCCACUGGAACACUGGCCAUCGUCAACCUCGUUCUUGGACAGGAAACUAACCACGCUGUAAUGCUCCGUUGGCACAGAAAACCGCUUCAAAAGCGUGGAAGUGCUAAUGCAGUUUACGACAGCGAGGAAUCCCAGGCUCCAAACGCCACUGCUGGUCUUCUCCUCGGCAUUACAAGGCCCAUGAAAAUGGUCCUCGGCUCGCCAAUCCUUUUCUUCUUAACGCUCUACAUGUCCUUUGUGUUUGGACUGCUCUAUCUCCUCUUCACCACAAUUACCACCCUCUUCACCACUCAAUACGACUGGCCCGUCGAGCUCGCCGGCCUCGCCUACCUGGGCCUCGGAAUUGGUUUCAUCAUCGGCAUCACCGUUGUAGCUAAAACCUCUGACGACACAGUCACCCGCCUCACUAAAGAGAACAACAAUGUUUACAAGCCCGAGAUGCGCCUCGCGAGCUGCCUCAUUGCCGCCCCAUUCAUCCCAAUCAGUUUUUUUUGGUACGGUUGGACAGCGGAUAAACACAUCCAUUGGAUUCUGCCUAUUAUCGGUCUGGUGCCGUUCGGCUUUGGGAUGAUCGGAAUCUUUGCCUCCAUUCAGACGUACUUUAUCGAUGUUUCUGGACCGUUUGCCGCGUCCUCCAUUGCGGGGUUAAUUGCUGUACGUUGUCUGUUCGGUGCGUUUUUGCCCUUGGCUGGGCCUAGCAUGUAUAAGGUGUUGGGAAUGGGUUGGGGUAAUUCUCUUCUAGGAUUCCUUGCCCUGGGCAUGACUCCGGUGCCAGCGCUUAUUUAUAGAUAUGGGGGAACUUUGAGAGAGAAAUAUCCUAUUGCCGUUCUGUAA